AUGAACGGCGAGACGGAGAUAUCGGUGAAGUGUGUGCUGGUGGGCGAUAGUGCGGUGGGCAAGACCGCCCUUCUGGUGCGCUUCACUUCAGAGACCUUUCCAGAUAGCUACAGGCCCACGGUGUAUGAAAACACAGGGGUCGAGGUGUACAUGGACGGGGUUCAAAUCACUUUAGGGUUGUGGGACACGGCAGGCAACGACACCUUCAGACAGAUUCGACCGAUGUCCUACCAGAAGGCAGACAUCGUCCUCAUGUGCUACUCCGUAGCCAACCCGAACUCCCUGGCCAGCAUACAGCAGAAGUGGGUGGCUGAGAUUCGGGACAGCUUGCCCCACGUACCAGUGCUGGUUGUGGCAACACAGACGGACCUGAGGGAGACCGGGUCGCAUCAGGGCAACUGCAUCACGGCUGCUCAGGGGAGACGUGUGGCACACGAAAUACGUGCUAAAGGUUAUCUGGAGUGUUCCUCUUUAAGCAACCGCGGCGUGCAACAGGUGUUCGAGUAUGCGGUCCGAACAGCUGUGAACCGGGCCAGGAAGCAGGCCAGGCGAAGGAUGUUUGGCACCAACCAGUGCAAAAUCUUUUAACACUCGACUCUCAACGGACUGGUUUGGCUCUUGGGUUGCCACGGCGUGCUCCCCUAUGAGACUUGUACAGUAAUAUGUGCGGUUGUUAUUUUGCAUCUCGGAAGAGCGACGGUGUGGUCACGUGACCCAAGUGUGAUGUCAGAAGAACUUAAGGAGUAAAGAGAACCGGCGUGAUGGGGUCUCCUGAUAAAGUGUUUUCACAGUGAGAGCGAGCACAAAGCCACACGUGUACCUCGACUAGUGAUGGUCUACGAGUAUAUUUUCAAGAUUUAGCCAAACUAAUACCAGCUGUAGUAGAUCUGGCUGGUUGUCUGGGGAGCUCAGAGCCACCGCUGAGUCCUGCACACGGGCCCUCUGUACUUUCUACUCGUGCGCCACUAUUUCAUCGUGCACAUGACCGCAGAACGACACGCCCGAAGGUAAAA